AUCACAAUUAUCGUCCCUGUUUUGCUUCUUUCUUCAUCUCCUUCGUCUUCCUCGUUGAUCCUUAUUAUCUAGGGCUUCGCGACUUCGAUGAAGGUUUUGAAGCGUAGGGUUUUCACCGAACCGUACCUGAACGAGUCCAACACGGAGCUCUCUUUGAGUUUGGUACAAUGAGUGCAGUGAACAUUACGAACGUGACGGUCUUGGACAACCCGGCGUCGUUUCUGGCCCCUUUCCAGUUCGAAAUCUCAUACGAGUGUGUCACUCCUCUCAAAGACGACCCUCCGGAUCCUUCAAAGAUCCGUGAAGAAGAUUUAAUUGGUGUCACAGUGCUCCUCCUGACCUGCUCUUAUCUGGGCCAAGAAUUUGUCCGAGUGGGCUAUUAUGUGAACAAUGAUUAUGAUGAUGAGCAGCUUAGAGAGGAACCUCCCCAAAAGGUGUUGGUUGAUAGGGUCCAAAGAAACAUAUUAACUGAUAAACCUAGAGUCACUAAGUUCCCCAUCAAUUUUCACCCUGAAAAUAAUGAAAGUGGAGAACAAGGACCUCCAGCUGAUCAUCCGAUUGAAGCAGAUGGAAAUGAAGAGCAGCUGGUUUCUUCAUUGGAUCAUCCUUCAGGAGAGGAAGGACCUUAA